AUGCCUCGAGCAACAUCUGACCGCUUCACACGCGCACACCAGCCGUCGGCGAAAGCAAAAGCGUCCUCAUCUGAGGCGUCCGGCUCCUCUGCAGCAGCCCGGAAUCCUAUCUUCAAUACGGAGCGGUUCGGCCAGCAUAUCCUCAAGAACCCUCAAACUGCUCAAUCAAUAGUGGACACCGCAAGUCUCCGACCAUCAGACAAGGUGCUUGAAGUCGGUCCCGGUACGGGUAACCUGACAGUACGCAUCCUCGAGAAAGCAAAACAUGUCACCGCAGUGGAGAUGGACCCUCGGAUGGCAGCCGAAUUGACCAAGCGUGUGCAGGGAAAGCCCGAGCAGCGCAAGCUCGAAAUCAUCAUCGGCGACUUCGUGAAGGCCGAACUGCCCUACUUCGACGUCUGCAUCUCCAACACACCCUACCAGAUCUCCUCCCCGCUCGUCUUCCGCCUUCUCUCGCACCGCCCGAUCUUCCGCGUCGCGGUGCUCAUGUUCCAGCGCGAGUUCGCGACGCGCCUCGUCGCGACGCCCGGCUCCGUGCUCUGGUCGCGCCUCUCCGCGAAUGUGCAGCUGUACGCAAAGGUCGACCUCGUCAUGCACGUCAGCAAGAACAACUUCCGCCCGCCCCCGAAGGUCGAGAGCAGCGUCGUGCGCCUCGUCCCGCGCGACCCGCCUCCCCCAGUUGAGUUUGCGGAGUUUGACGGUCUGGGGCGUAUUAUCUUCGGGCGGCGGAAUAAGCACAUACACGCCAAUUUCCAAGCCAAGGGCGUGCUAGAGAUGCUUGAAAGUAAUUGGAAGACCUGGGCUUCGGUGAACGAUGUGAUGAUCGAGGAUGAUUUCAACUUCAAGGAGAAGGUGGAUCAGGUCCUCCUGGACACCGGCUUCUCCGAGUCUCGAGCGGCAAAGAUGGACAUCAACGACCUACUCAAAUUGUUGUCAGCGUUCCACGACGCUGGCAUUCACUUCGCGUGACCUUUUUUCUCGUAUGGUUUUAGGUUAUUUGUUGUAAUUUAUAUCAUAUCUGCCAAAGAUGACAGCACUCUGUGGAACCC